CGUCAGCUUAAAGCGUUAAAUGUAAAUGCGAAAGCCUCUGUGGAGACUCGGAAGAAGGGAUUAAUACCCGCAACGCUGGGCUGUUAAAACUGCAUUAGACCUGGAUCCUCGUCGCCAGCUGCACAUCGCCCGUGGCCAGAUCACAAUUUCGUGAAAAAGAAAAUCUGCACAGAUGCAUCCCCAUCAGCGCGCGUUAUCGACUGAAAAUGACAUUUUCCUUUAAGAUGAUGUAAGGCAUUACUUCACGGGACGUUUUUUUCCCCCUCUCCCUCCUGCACAGCUUGGAGCAACAUUAUCUUAAACCUUCUGCCAGUCCAGUCGUUUCCGCACUCAGCAGUUUAGAGAGAUGGGAGCGCGCAGGAGUACCGCUUCCAUCCUCCUCUCCGAGAGCAUCCUCUGAGUAUGUCUCAGUAUCCCAGUAGUCAGGAGCGACGCUGAGUUGCAGGAUGAAAGAGGGGCUUGCGCAUUUUUUUAUUUUAUUUUAUUUUUUUAGUUUAUCUAGGGCUUAUGUGGUUGAACUAGGAGCAAGAUGCAAAAAGGUCGAGUCUCUUCACAGAAAACUUGAUUAGAGAUGCUUUUACUUUUUGUGACGGUGGGAAUUUUUCAGAGUCAAGUGAGGAUUAUAUUUCUUUGAAGUCCCACUGACGACCCAUCACAGUGGAUGUGUGUAACAUGAUGCCGGUUAUGAUAAUCGAUUCCGUUCAAAAAGGAUGCACCGUGGGCAGGCACAUUUACGCACGGGGUUAAAGGAUAUACUGUAGACACACCUUGGGAUUGUUCUGUCAUGAAACACUGGAUGAGAGGACUGCAGCUUGAAUCAAGGCUAUGCUUUGGGUCUGAGCGCAUCGGCACCAUGCAGCUACACCCCACAUCCUGAACUUCUGGGACGUUUGCGCUCCGCGAUCAAGACUCGGAUUUCGUGUAAGAAAAACAAAAUAUGGCAUUGAGCGAAAAUUGCAAAACGCAACCUGCUAAAGAGCAAAGCUCGGUGCAAACCCCUCCGUCGGAUGUGAUUGAGCUCAACGUGGGUGGACAGGUGUAUUACACUCGUCAUGCCACCUUGACAAGCUUUCCAAAUUCCUUACUUGGGAAGCUGUUCUCUAACAAGAAGGGGUCUUCAAAUGACUUGUCCCGGGACCUCAGAGGGCGAUAUUUUAUUGACAGAGAUGGCUUUCUGUUCCGUUAUAUAUUGGAUUACCUUAGAGACAAGCAAGUUGUCCUCCCUGAUCACUUUCCCGAGAGAGGGAGGUUAAAAAGAGAAGCGGAAUACUUCCAGCUACCAGAUUUGGUCAAACUUUUGUCAUCGGAUGAGUCAAAACUCCUUCCAGACGACUUGUACCACAGUGAUUUCGACGAUGUCUCGCAAGGCAGCGACCAGAGGUUUUACCCCUCUUACUCCUUGGACAGGAGGUAUGGCUAUAUCACGGUGGCUUACAAAGGAGUUUGUGCCGCGGGAGCCAGAGAGAGUCAAACUGAUUCCAAAGGCAAAAAGUUGCCGAGAAUCUUCAUCAGCAGCAGGAUUGGCUUGGCGAAAGAAGUGUUUGGAGACGCCCUGAAUGAGAACAGGGAUACGGACAGACCACCCGAUCGAUACACGUCCAGGUUUUACCUCAAGUUCAGGCACCUGGAGAGAGCUUUUGACAUGCUGUCAGAGAGCGGCUUUCACAUUGUGGCCUGCAAUACGUCCCUGACCGCGUCCUCCAUCGGUCAUUACGCGGAUGACAGGGUUUGGUCCAAUUACGCACAGUACAUCUUCUACCGUGGGCCUUCACGGUGGUCGUCCUCCCACUGUGACUGCUGCUGCAAGAGCCACAAAAGCGAGCGCGAGGGGGAGAGCGGCACCUCCAUCAACGACCUCUCCAGCUCCUGCUCCGAGACCCAGUCGGAGGCCAGCUCCCCUCAAGAGACCGUGAUCUGUGGCCCCGUGAGCCGGCGGCCCAACGUCCAGACGCUGGAUCGCUCCAUGCCCAAGGGGCCGGCUCACAUGAUGCAGCACGGCGAGAUGCGCCGCAAGACAGACGGGCUGCGCGUGAGGACCUUCGGGGUCCGGGAGCGAGAGGCCGCGAAGAGAAAAGCGAACAAGGAGAAGAUGACACCAGAGCAGGAGCUGGAGAAAUGCAUCCAGGACUUCCGUCGCAUUAGGAUUCCUGAUCGCUUUCCGGAGAGGAAGUACAUGUGGCAAUCAGAGCUCCUGAGAAAGUACCGUCUCUAAUUAUGAGUGUGAAGGAGAGGACAGAGAGACAGGCGCGCUGGUAGUGUAGUAUCACGUCGCCGUCAUUCAAGGGAACAACUGCAAUACACUGCACCCUCUAUGGCACAUACUGUACUAGAAAAGUGGCCACUUUCUUGCCAGGAUGAGCACACACAGUACAAGGCAGUGGGAGCCGGUGAUUUGUGACGUAUGCACGGUGUUGUGUAUGAUAACGCACAUGUGUAAAUCAGGUUACUCCUGUUGGGGCUUACAUCGCACACAGACGUGCUAAAGGCAACAAUAUCACUAACAACAAAGCAACCUCAGGGGCAACAGUCAUUUCAGUUCAUCAACCUGUCCCAUACUGUACGUGCAACCGGCCACAAUAGCUGUUUUUUUUUUUUUUUAAAUGGAUGUACCCAGAUGGUGCUGUGAGUUAGCGAACGGCAGUAUCACUAUACUUCACCAAUAACACGUAUACUUACUAGUACGCUUUGAUUGCAGCACUGCAUGUCAUUUCACCUUUAGCAUAAUUAUGCAAUAUUGGACAAAGAAUUCUAUUCACUGUUUGGUGUGAUGGGUUAAAAUGAUGGUGUCAUGACUGAGACUAAACGGGGAAAGCACUGCCUAGAUCUGUUUGCCAUUGUUAAAGUUUUUUUUGUUUUUUGGUUUGUCUAAUGUUGUCAUUAUGUGUUGGAUAGAUGAUGUUGUGUAGCUAGAGUAUAUAAUGCCAAUGGAUAUCGAUCUAAUCCUUGAUUGUACGUGUGCAAAAAAAAAGAAAAAAAGGAAAUAAAUGGGUUAGAAUUGGA